GAAGCGUGUUGCGAAGCAACUAGUUUUUUUGAUUUUAUAAAGGUAUUUCAUAGACUGGUAACCAAUUUCCUCUUCUGCUGCGCGUGACGUCACUUGCAAGGCUUCAAGAUGAAUUACGGCAGGAAAACGCCCUCCACAUAUCGCUCCAAUCCCUCGGUGUACUCCCAUGCCACGGGAAGAUCCUCGACAAAUCUGCAUUCCAAGAUGUCGCGUUCGACGCGGUCUGUGCGGAUUCCUUGGUACCAGCGACCGCUGCUCAAGAACAAUCAGUAUAUUGAUAUACAAAAGGGUGCCAUGCUCAUUGGCCUGUUUGCCAUUUUCCUUUCAUUGUUUACCAUUGCCUCGAGUGUCUUUGAUAUCUACUGCUAUGCCAUGGCCGCGCCAGGGUCCACACAUUAUGGCUACUAUAUCAUAUCGUAUGAGUUUGUCUAUGUGGGAAAUAAGCAUGUGCGCAACAUGUUGAUUGUGUUUGCCCUGUUCUCCCUGAUCAUGGCUCUAAUUAACUUUGUGACCAGCGUACUGCUGUGCGUGGCCCUCCGCAAGGAAUACGAGCGGAAGGUGAUGCCCUGGCUGUGGACCUUUGCCGUUUUCACGGUCUGGCGUGCCCUGGCGCUGAUCUUCUUUGCCAUUGUCAAUGACUUGUACUUUGCCUACAAUGUGAUAAUGGUGAUGCUGUGGAGCAUCUUCUGUCUUUUCUCGAUCUAUGGCUGGGCCGUGGUCUAUUCGCUGUUCCUGGAGCUAGUGGAUCUCACCAAAUUGGAGGAUUUGGCUCAUUUACGCAUGGGUACAAUGGCCUCGCUGCAUGCCUCUACAGCUAAUUCGCUCGCUGGUUCACGACCUACAACUCCUCAUAGCACCGUAUCCACAAUGCCCGUUGGCUAGGAAUAGUAUUAUCUAUAUGAGAUAGAUUACAACGAAAUUGCACAAACCAGACCGUCCACAAGCUGCACCCCCGAUGCGCUUUCUUUCCACCAACAUUUAAAUAUUUAAACAAAUGUGCAUUCCAUCCACCAGUAUAGUGCCUUAUAGAUGCGUCUAUCGAAUACCACAAAUUUUAUACACGAAUCUGCAUAAAUAGUUCUAGUUUUAUUCCGUCCAACAGUGCAUCUGUGUGUUCUCCAAUGUUUUUUAUAUUGUUAAAGAAUCUCUCUGCCUUUAUGUACGACAAACAUAUCGUGUUUUUAUAUAUACUAUGUACAAUCCGAAUAUUAGCUAUAUUUGUAUCGAAAGUACUAAGCGACAAGCAAUUACACAAAACAAAAUAC